AUGCGACCGAAUAAGAAAGACAACGACAACAACGAAGACGCAAGAAGCACCAACAGCACACUGGUCAAUGCCGGAAUGAGCUCUGCUAAUGAACAGGACGACGACGCUGAGGCCGUACAGGAGGCGCAGGAGACCCGCAAUGGUUUCAGGAGACAGGGUCAGCCCAUGGAUCAAGACGAGGAAGAGUGGCACCCGUACCGACAUGGCUUCGAGGAGGACUUUGACGAGAACGGCCUUCCGCCGGAGCACGUCUAUUACAUGUUCUACACCGACAAGCGCCAUGAGGUCACCACAGGACACAACGCCGAGAUCACUCUGCGGGAAUGGGAGCCUCUACAGGACUGGCGCAUGCGAGAAAAGCUAAAGACCAUCUCGGUGGCUCUGGUCCUCUGUCUCAACAUCGGUAUCGACCCCCCAGAUGUUGUGAAAACAAACCCUUGCGCUAAACUUGAAGCCUGGAUUGAUCCUUUUGUCCUGCCUGUCCCUAAAUCAUUGGAAAACAUUGGCAAGGCUCUUCAGGCUCAGUACGAGGUAUGGCAGCCCCGUGCACGUUACAAGGCUGCGUUGGAUCCAUCCAUGGAAGACACAAAAAAACUCUGCUGUGUACUGAGGCGCAACGCUAAAGAGGAACGCAUUCUUUUCCACUACAACGGACAUGGAGUGCCCAAGCCCACGUCCAGCGGCGAGAUUUGGGUCUUUAACAAAAACUAUACCCAGUAUAUACCCGUGUCCUUGUUGGAUCUCCAGAGCUGGCUCGGAUCGCCCUGCAUCUACGUGUACGACUGCUCUGCCGCCGGAAAUAUCCUCCUCUCCUUCAACCGAUUCGCAGAAAAGCGCGAUCUCGAUGCAGCCAAACAAGCAGGAUCCCAGCCUCCAGGAACGAUUCCCUCCCCACCCCUCAGAGACUGCAUUCAGCUGGCUGCCUGUGGACCCGACGAUACGUUGCCGAUGAAUCCCGAUCUUCCUGCCGACAUCUUCACCGCCUGCCUGACAACGCCCAUUGAAAUCGCACUGCGUUGGUUCGUGCUUCAACAUCCGCUCUUACACAACGUCACCGUGGAGAUGGUCACUCGAAUUCCAGGAAAACUCAACGACCGCCGCACACCCCUUGGAGAACUCAAUUGGAUCUUCACCUCAAUCACAGACACAAUCGCCUGGAACGUUCUGUCCCGAGAUCUCUUCAAAACGCUCUUCAGACAGGAUCUCAUGGUUGCUGCCUUAUUCCGCAACUUUUUGCUGGCUGACCGCAUCAUGCGCUCACAAAAAUGCACCCCCAUGUCCUCCCCCGCACUACCACCGACGCAUCAGCACCCAAUGUGGGACUCUUGGGAUCUAGCUCUGGAUAUGUGUCUCGCACAGUUACCGGGGCUGCUGGAGGGAGAUCCCGCCGGAACACAUCUCAGCUAUCAACCCAGCAUGUUUUUCACGGAGCAGCUUAUGGCGUUCGAGGUCUGGCUGGGUCAUGGCAGCCCAUCACACGAAGCCCCGGAACAAUUGGCGAUUGUGUUGCAGGUCUUGCUGAGUCAGGUUCAUCGACUCCGCGCUCUUCUUUUGCUCAGUAAGUUUCUAGAUCUUGGACCCUGGGCAGUCAACCAUGCAUUGGCCGUGGGUAUUUCACCAUACGUCCUCAAGCUGCUUCAGAGUCCAGCGGCGGAUCUCAAGCCUGUGCUCGUUUUCAUCUGGGCAAGGCUCCUGGCGGUGGACCGGUCUUUUCAAAACGAUUUGCUCAAGGACAACGGCUUUGUGUACUUUGUGGGAAUCCUUGGCGUGAACGCAGGCAUGCCCUUUCAAAAUGUAUCCGAGCACCGAGCCAUGUGUGCGUUCAUCUUGGCGACAUUUUGCAGAGAUUUUCCUCAGGGCCAGCAGGCAUGUCUAAAGCAGCAAGUGAUUCAAUACUGCUUGACCCACGUUGCCGACAACGACCAUCUUUUGCGUCAAUGGGCAUGUCUUUGCAUUGGACAGCUGUGGAGGAAUUACAAUGAGGCGAAAUCGGUCGGACUUCAAUCAGGCGCUCAUGAGAGGCUGACGCAGAUCUUGUCGGACCCGAUCCCAGAGGUACGCGCAGCUGCUAUGUGGUCCCUUGGCACCUUCAUCAGCAACUUGGAUCAGAAUGAGCAGGUGAUACAGCUCCAGAAUAACCUGGCGAUGAGUGCUCUGGUGGCUACGACGGACGCUUCGCCGAUUGUCCGCAAGGAGCUGGUCAUAUUCUUGUCUUCACUCGUCUUUGAUCACCUGGACGUUUUUGUGACAGUGGCGUCAGAGCUCCUGGCCUCGGAGCAGCAACUCUCAGGAGGCAAACAGGAUCUCAAAUCCAAGAAUUGGGACGAGAAGGAAAAGAUGGCACAGCAGGACAAGAUGAGUCCACAGGCCGUGUACGCAGUGAUCUGGAAGGCAUUGCUUUGUCUGUCGGUCGACUCCAACAAUGGUGUGGCGACCGCGGCAUCUAAACUCGUGGACUAUGUCAACUUUCAAUUGCUUUCAGGACCCGUCGCACAGUCGUUGACGCCGAUACUGCAACAGCAGGCACUACGAAGCCAGUCGAUGUCAUCGUCUUCCAUGGGCUCGCUUCAUCAGUCCACCUUGCCACAGGCAACCCCAGAUCGCUCAAAUACAAGCAGCACCUUGGGUCACCGAACAGCAAAACAAGUGGCCAACACACUGAAGCGGUCAGCGUCAUUAGCUGUGACACUCAAAAGCUAUAUGGGUUAUCCAAGUCAAUCAAAUGCCUCGGAAAGCUCGCGGCCGUCAUCUAUAGGAGCUUUUGGACCCAAGUCGGCACAGGACAGUGGUAACACUUUAACGACGGAUCCUCGGCAACAGAAUGGCGGCAGCAAUGGAACAAGUCGGACUUUGCGUAGCACUACGCCUCGUCCUCGAUCGGUGCACGGAGAUGCGGGCUAUGUACAGGCACAGGCGAGUGCAUCCUAUCCAAUUCACGCCGCGACAGGCGCCGCCGCCGUGAAUGGGACACCCGAUCCCAAUCUCCCAGAAGCAAGACCCCAACUUGAAUCCGUGUUUUACGAUUGGUGCUGCGAGUACUUUUUGGAGCCACAGAUGAAGGGGGUUGAGGGCGACGAACCAGGAAGCGUCAACUAUAACGAGCGUCUCUGGCGUCGCGUGCGGAACGAAAAGAUUAUAUAUGAAUGCCAUCCUUUGCGAGAACAAGCUGGCUCGAGUAAAUGGGACUCAAAUAUCCAGUCGAUGAACAACGAGUCGGCAGCGAUGCAUCUUGUGAUGCAUUCGUACGAACCACACAUGGUGAUCGCGGAUGACAAGCGUAACAUCAGCGUCUGGAAUUGGAAAGAGGGCCAGUUGUUGAACAGGUUCUCCAACUCGAACCCGCGAGGAACGUCCAUCACGAGUGUUAAAUACAUUAACGAGGAUGAUGUCGCGAUGCUCCUUGUUGCGUCAGGGGAGGGAGUGGUGAGAUUAUACCGCAAGUAUGACGAGCCGAAUCAGACGGACAUUGUGACCUCGUGGCGUGUGUUGACAGACAUGUUGCCAAGCAGCAAGAGCACCGGCACAAUCACGGAUUGGCAACAAGGUCGAGGUUCCCUUCUUGUUGGAGGCGAUGCAAGAGUGAUCCGAGUGUGGGAUGCUGCCCGUGAGCUGUGCAUAAGCGAUAUCCCUACACGAUCUGGAGCGCCGGUGACCAGCAUCACGAGCGACCAAGUGUCAGGAAGCAUAUUUGUGGUGGGCUUUGGCGAUGGGGCGGUACGAGUGUAUGACAGACGAAAGCCCCAACACGAUGCGAUGGUGAUGACAUGGAAGAAACACAAGUCAUGGAUUCAGAACGUGCGCAUGCAACGAGGAGGAUUCCGCGAGCUGGUCUCUGGAAGUGUGGAUGGCACUAUCAAAGUGUGGGACGUCCGUUAUCAGGAGGCGCUGUGCACGAUUGUGGCCCGAGAUCCGAUUUCAGCCCUGGAUCUUCACCACCACGCGCCUGUGAUUGCCAGUGGAUCGCCAACACAGUACAUCAAGGUGUGGAAUGUCAAUGGCGAGGGCCUGUCGACAGUGCGGUCGUACUCGGGACUGUUUGGACAACGGCAGGCGAAAGUAACGAGCCUAGGAUUCCACCCACACGAGUAUGUGUUUGGAGUCGGCGGAGACGAUGGUUGGGUAUCGAUCCUAGGAUGGUCAGGAGUGAAUGCGUCUUCGCAGCAACAACAGCAGCAGCAGCAGCAACAACAACUGCAACAGCAGCCAACACUUUGA